GAGAAGUAACUUGGUUCUUCUCUAAUGGUCAAGCUAUUGAGAAACUGCUUCCUUUGUAUCUCUUCUUGCUCAGGGAACUCAGACGCCAUGGCUCGACGACCCUUCAUCUUGUGGCUUCACGGGUUUGGAGAUGGACCUGCCAACGAACACGUCAAGACUGUUUUCAAGUCCCCGGAGCUGAGUGACGCUAAGUGGCUAUUCCCUUCUGCUCCAUACAAUCCUGUUACCUGCAACAAGGGUCGGGUGAUGCCUUCUUGGUUUGAUGUUCCUGAACUUCCUUUUAAAGCGGGAUCUCGAAUUGAUGAAGCCAGCAUUCUUGAAGCAGUUAAGAACGUUCAUGCCAUUAUAGACGAGGAGAUUGCAAGAGGAACAAGACCAGAAAACGUUUUUAUCUGUGGUUUAAGCCAAGGAGGUGCUUUAACCUUGGCUAGUGCUCUUCUCUAUCCCAAAACUCUUGGAGGAGGAGCCGUCCUUAGUGGUUGGGUUCCAUUCACUUCUUCAAUCAUCAAUCAAUUUCCAGAAGAAGCUAAAAAGACACCAAUAUUGUGGUCUCAUGGGACUGAUGAUGAGCUUGUGCUCUUUGAAGCCGGUCAAGCUGCUCUUCCUUUUCUUGAACAAGCCGGUGUCACCUGCGAAUUCAAGGCGUAUCCAGGUCUUGCGCACUGGAUGAGCAACAAGGAGCUACAGUAUAUAGAGUCAUGGAUCAAGUCACGGAUGCAGAGUUCGUCGUCUUCUUCUUGAGUGUCUUAAAGCAAUGUUUUUAUUCAAUAUAAUUAUAUCGUACCUUUCAUGUUAUCUGUGAAGAACAAAGAAGAACAUUGAUUACUACUAACUAAUGGUCGUGUAAGCAAAAGAACAUUUGUUGUGUUACUUUAUUUUAUUUGGUAAUUAACAUGAGAAUUAUAAUGUGUGUAUAAUGUAUUUGCUUUGCAAACACAUUGAAUCAAAUCUUUUGCUUGCACGUCAUGAAAAGAACCAAAAAUAUCGAGGGUAUUUUGGUCAUUUAGCGGACAUCUCCUUGCUUUUGUCAGAAAAUAAAAAAACACAACUUCGAGAGAUCUGUCCAAAAGUAAAAUGGUGAAGGCAGGAUCGAUAUUGACAUGCGAAGAAGCACAUUGACGAAACCGAUCGUUCUCCUCUCGAUCGCACUGUUGAGCACCGUGCUCUUCUUCGCAUUCUUCUUCGAGGACAAGCCGUACUCUUCUUCUUCGCAGAACCCAGACUCUAUGGCUCGAACCUUCAUCUUGUGGCUUCACGGGCUUGGAGAUUCCGGACCUGCCAACGAACCCAUCAAGUCACUUUUCAAGUCCCCGGAGUUUAGCAACACUAAGUGGCUCUUCCCAUCCGCUCCUCCAAAUCCAGUCUCCUGCAAUUAUGGUAUGGUCAUGCCUUCUUGGUUUGACAUCCGUGAGCUUCCUCUUACAGCGGUAUAGUUUCUGAGUAGAUUCAAGAGUUACCUUUAUUGCAUUGUUAGGAUUGUAUUCAAGUUUGUGUGGCUUUUAUGUGCCUAGGGUUCUCCGAAUGAUGAAAGCAGCGUGCUUGAAGCAGUUAAGAACGUUCAUACCAUUAUAGAUAAGGAGAUUGCUGGAGGAAUCAAGCCAGAAAACGUGUAUAUCUGUGGAUUUAGCCAAGGAGGGGCAUUAACCUUGGCUAGUGUUCUGCUUUACCCUAAAACUCUUGGAGGAGGUGCAGUCUUUAGCGGAUGGGUUCCAUUCAAUUCUUCAGUCAUCAAUCAGUUUACCAAAGAUGCUAUAAAGACACCAAUCUUGUGGUCUCAUGGGAUUGAUGACAAGACUGUACUAUUCGAAGCUGGUCAAGCAGCUCUUCCUUUCCUUCAACAAGCUGGUGUUACUUGUGAAUUCAAGGCAUAUCCUGAUCUUGGACACUCAAUCAGUAAUGAGGAGCUUCAGUAUCUGGAGUCAUGGAUCAAACAAAGGAUGCAGACUUCUUCUUCUUCUUCUUCUUAAAAGCUUUUGAGAUCGAGUUUGUUUGUCCAACUACUCUUCAGUUAUCUAUUUGCUUAACUGGAUGAUAAGAAGAUUGUGCAACUAUGAUUGAACAUAUGGAAAUGAUGUUUCAACUU